CUGCCGCAACGUGACCGCGUCCCACAGCGCUGCCUCGGCCAAACCCGGCGGCGCUCGAACGCGCCGACAUGUGCCUCAAAUCGGGCGUUUUAUUUCACCACCGGGGCGUUGGUCGGCCAAAAAAAAAAAGUUAUCGGGAUAGAUUAUAUUUUUCAGUGAUGUCGCUGCGUUGUAUGUUAAAUGCACAUUUAGGUUGGAAUAGCGGGGUCGUCAUUUUCCCGAAAACGCCGUAUGAUGUAAAAGGCUUGUAACAACUUGGUUAUUAAAAUGUCAUACAGACAUCCGUAUUAGUACAAGUAACGUGAACGGCAGUACUGGAAACGCCAUGGACCAGCUUGAGCAACGUGUCAAUGAGUUUUUUAUCAAUGCGAAAAAGAACAAACCCGAAUGGAGGGAAGAACAGAUGGAGGUGAUAAAGAAGGACUAUUACAAGGCCUUGGAAGAUGCAGAUGAAAAGGUCCAGUUAGCCAAUCAGAUUUAUGACUUAGUGGAUCGCCACCUCAGGAAGCUGGACCAGGAGCUGGCCAAGUUCAAGAUGGAGCUAGAGGCUGACAACGCUGGCAUCACAGAGAUUCUCGAGAGGCGUUCCCUGGAGAUGGACAGCCCAUCUCAGCCUGUGAAUAACCACCACGCUCACUCGCACACCACCGUGGAAAAGAGGAAAUAUACGACUCCAGCGCACCACACCACCGAGCACGUCCCCGAGAAGAAGUUCAAGUCUGAGGCCCUUCUGUCCACCCUCACGUCCGACGCAUCGAAGGAGAACACGCCAGGGUGCCGGAACAGCAGCUUGUCCUCUGCCUCCAACAACGCCUACAACGUGAAUUCAUCCCAGUCCCUCACCUCCUACAACUUGAGCUCCCUGCCCGUGGGGGCAGGGGCUGGGGCGGGCGCCAUCACCAUGGCAGCAGCCCAGGCCGUGCAGGCCACUGCCCAGAUGAAGGAGGGCCGCCGGACCUCCAGCCUGAAAGCCAGCUUCGAGGCCAUUAAGAACAACGACUUCCAGCUGAGCCGCGAGUUCUCCCUGUCCCGCGAGUCGUCGGGGUUCUCCUCGUCGGCGCUGGCCUCCACACUCACACAGACCCUGGCCCCCACGUCCUCAGACUCCCGGGGGGGGCGCAAGUCCAAGAACAACACAAAGUCUUCAAAUCACCAGUCCUCUUCCUCGUCCUCGUCUUCCUCCCUCUCGUCGUGCUCCUCUAACUCCGCCCUGGCCCAGGAGCUGCAGCAGGUGUCGGCCCUGCCAGAGUCUGAGGCCAACAGCCAGGUGGACUGGACAUAUGACCCCAAUGAGCCCCGCUACUGCAUAUGCAACCAGGUGUCCUACGGAGAGAUGGUGGGAUGUGACAAUCAGGACUGCCCCAUCGAGUGGUUCCACUACGGCUGUGUGGGUCUGACAGAAGCCCCCAAAGGCAAGUGGUACUGUCCCCAGUGUACAGCUGCCAUGAAGAGGAGGGGCAGCCGGCACAAAUAAGGCCAGAAGCCAUGAUGACGGCUUCUCCUGGAUCAUCCAUGGCGCGCUACCAGAAUCGCCCUCCUCUUUUCAGCCAACUUGGUCAAAGGCAGCCCCAGAAUUCUGGCGUGGGGAGGGUGACUUUAUCCGCUGUCUGUACACAGUUAAGCAGCUCCUUCUUUGUGUGUUUUGUGUAAAAGAAUCGUAAGAGCUAUUGCGCAUCUUCCAUUAAAAAAAAUUUUCAAGAGUAUUAGACCCUCAAAACUCAUAGCUGAAUCAUUCCAGUCUGUUCCUCAAGCGGACUGAACGGGCCAAGUCCUGGCCCUCACCACCCCACCCCACCCCCCCACGUGUCUUAACCACGUAUCCUGGACAGCUCAUUGGAAGAGAACAAGGAUCAGCUAACGAUGUUCGUCGGAAAUGUCCGAGGUUGGGCAGAAUGGACGAUGAUCUGAGCGACCUUGUCUCGAGAUUAACCCGCCGAUUUUUAAAGCCGUCUGCAUUUGCCAUGUAAAAUGUAUGAACAAAGUCAGUACUCUAGUUUCUGUGUGUCUGUUAUACUGGUCUGUCCUCUGAAAAUGGUGUACAGUUUUCCCAGAAAUGUGUAGAAAAGAAAUCAAAUAAAAUGAUCAAAUUCUUUUGAUAA